AUGGCCUUAGUUUGGUUCCAGAACCGUCGGGCCAAGUUCCGUCGGAAUGAGCGCAGUGCAACGUGUGGCAGCGGCGGCGGCGGCGGCAGCGCCGGCAAACCGGAAGAUCAUCUGUAUCCUUCAACCCUCGUCGUGGGCCCACCGCCGUCGUCGAGUGCUGGUUGCGGGUUUGGGGGGGACAAAUCGGAUGCAACAGGUGCACCACCGCCACCGUAUUCACUGUCCUUCUCGACACUGACCUCCAUGUUUUCGCCUAUACCACACCAUCACCACCACCAUCUGCACCAUCAUCCGCAGCACAUGACGCCAAGGAGUGGACAAUUUUACUCCGCCUACCACCACCCAUCCAAGCAACCGGAAGACUCCAUGUACGCCGCCGGUCAAUCGUACCCGUUCCCGAAUCUGAAGUAUCUUAACAAUCUGCAAACAUAA